CAACAAGGUGGCAAGUUUCACCCACUCUCACCUGAGCAGGUGCCACACCUCCACGCCCAUCAUUUCUGAGCUGUCCGUCAUCAGGAAGCACAUGUGGAACGAAAUGCCAGGACCUCCACAACACUUCUCCAGUACGGGACCGGUCGUGGAGGGAAUGUUUCUGUCAUGUUGUGGAGGUCAACGGCUCGACGCCUAACGACUUUUGUGUUCCUGAUGAGGGAAGAGUAGCGGAGGAGCGGAGACGGUGCGCCACAGAGGAACGGUCCGUGCCAAGCGCAAAGGCGCACAACAAAAAUAUGGCUCUCCCUCUCCAGCGGAUGCCACAUGUUGUCUCCUUACUGUUUUUGCUGCUGCAUUUCUGGACCUUGGUGUCUUCAGGCGAGCUGGAGAUGAUCCACCGAGACGCACCUGAUCUCAGCUGCAGCGAGGGUUUGACUGACUGCAAUGUGAGCUCAGGCUAUCAGUUCUGUGCUGCUCGGACAGAUCCUUCAGUGAACGUUGCUGAGGUGCAGCUUGAAGUCGUCCUGUGUUGUCCAGCCAGACAAGACUGUACACUCUGCCUGCAAAUCAUCAUCACCAUUCUCCAAGAAGUAGACAGAGCAGUGGAUGUUUCUGGGGAGUCGGGUGACGACAGUGAUGAGAAAGCUUGCGUGAAAGUGGUUCUCAGCUCCCCAGGUGCCGAAGAAGUUUGCAAGGCACUCUGGUUUAAACCAAACUACUCCAGUUUAGCUCAUCCCUCUGAACAGUCCACACAUAAGCUGCUGCUGACAGAGAAAGUGGAGUUUGGCAGUCCUGUUGUGGUUUUGGCUUAUUCAGAGGAAACACAACACAUCCAGAAUAUCACCAUUCCAUCCUUAAAAGAAGUUUGCUCCAUGAAGCGUGACUGGGCCGUAAAGGAAUGCAAUGUCCCCAAACUGCGAGUGGCCACUGAUCAGAAGACAAAUGUGGUCUUUUUGCAACUGGAGAACACUGAUACCAGACAAGAUGAGCUCAUGUGGCAGAUGGUUUGGAAUGGAAACCCUGGAGAGGUUCUUGUAUGGCCUAAAGGCAAGACCGAGAUGGUCAUUCCAUCAAACUACAUUGCACCAUGCCUGUGCUUCAAGGUGUGGUGGAAGAGAAAGAUGGAACUUCAGAGAGAAUAUUGCCCUUUCAAAAAUCAGCACGAUGCACUUGAAAGAAUGCAACACAAUGUGUCGGUGUCUGUGGUGGAGUCUUGGUCGAGGACGGGGGAAGCGGAGCUGAGCUGGAAUGUAACUGCGCCCUGCAGGCUGGAGGCAGAGGUGUGGCUGUGCAAGAAGAACCUGGCAAGAGACCAGUGUGAAGAGGUGAUGGGCUCCAGACAGAGAUUACAAGCUGGCUGGAAUGCAGCACGCAGUGGACACUGGCAAACGGGAGAGUUCAACGUGUCGUCCCACCCUCUGCUUUGUGUUCAGUUAAACAUUAAAGGGAUGAAGUCACACUUGGAGCCCCAGUGUCCAUUUACACCAUCUCGAUCGAGAUGGAGCGUCCCCCUUCUCAUCGGAUUAUUCCUGAUAUCACUGACCAUACUAGGAGCCUAUAUUAUACAAGGGAUCCUAAAAGGUUAUGUUUGGAAAUGGUUGAAAGAGGACGAUGUUAAAGGGGCGGUGGGUGGCGGUCAUGUGGUGCUGCUGUACUCGCCUGAUGAUGACCAGGGUCUGCCAGAGUUGCUGUGCCAUUUGGGUUCAUCCCUGCAGGCGCUUGGCUUCAGUGUGUCUCUGGACCUGUGGAGCCAGGCUGAGCUCAGCAUGCUGGGCCCGGUGCCAUGGCUCCACUCGCGAUUGGACCAACUACAAAGGCAAGGAGGCAAAGUGGUGCUAGUCUUAACCCGGGCCACCUGGACGAGGGCUGAAGAGUGGGGAGCUCGGAGCUCGGAAAGAAACACUCCCGGAGAGAGGAGCAGAAGCAAAGAAGAAGAGGAGGUAGGAAGAAGCUACGCUGCCUCUUCUCCGUGUUCUGAUGUGUUUAGUGCUUCGCUGAGCUGUAUUCUAGCAGACUAUUUACAAGGCCGUGCGGGUGAACGGUUUAUGUUGGUGCAGUUUGAGUCUCUGCCGCCUGAACUUCCAGGUAGUUUCCGGCCACUGCCACAACUUUUCCGCGGCCUUCACGUCUACAGCCUUCCCUCCCAGAGUCUGGGCUUUCUGACUGAACUGGCGGGAGCUCAGCAAAUGACUACUGCAGCAGCUAGAAGGAAAAGGGCAGGAGGGCUCAGGAUGGCAUCCCGAGCUCUGGCCCAAAGGCUCUCUGGGUUUACAGCAGGGACAAAUGUAUUGCGGCUUGCAGGGAUGUCCCAGAACUGUGUAGGAUUGGAGGACUCUGGGGAAACUGUGCCCUUACAGCCAUAUCUUAUUACGCCCCCGUCCAGCCCCGACACAAACCCCAAGGUCAAUGAAAUGGAAUGGGUCUGACCGCAUUAGAGGACGGCCAGGCUUCAGAGUUGGAUAAUAAUAGCUGAAAAAUACCUGAAGUGAUGCACUGGGAGAUGCUCAGGAAAAUAUCAGUAUUAGUUUUAAAGUCUGUUUUUAAGUAUCUGUUGAAAAUGAGGAGUUUAAUGUUUGUAGCAGCAGAAACAGCAGUUUGUUGAGGGUCCAGAAAAAUGAAAACAUUCAAUGUUAAACCAGAAAAUACAAACAAAAAGAUUUUGUACACAGUUUGAAUGCAAAGUAAUCUCUGGUGACGAUACUUCUAAAGCAACUUGGCUUAAUAGGCCAUUAAAAUUAUGCAAAAAUGCAAAAAAAUAUCUCAUUGACACUUAUUUUUCUAGCUCAAACCAAGUCAUUGUGUGUUUACACCGUUACAAGUGCAUAACAUUUUGCAUGCACAUGUAUUGAAAAAAAAGUAAAUAAAUGCACUGUCUCUGACUGUAUUCUGAAUGUAUGAAUAUAUUCAACUCCUUUGUCCAGGUAUGUUGAGUUGUUUUUUUUACUCUGUUUUGUCUUACCAUCAAAACUGCAUUAAAUAAAGAAUUCAUCUUGGUAA